AUGGUACACUCUUGGCUCCUUUCCACCCCUCAGGACUCGACAGCAGACUUUCACGAAUCGAACGACUCCGUAUUCCGAACCGGUCGCACAGAUUUCAAGAAUCAGCUUUCCUCGGACGAGGUGGGAAAUCCAGUUGUCGGGAAUAGUGAUCCUCCAGCAGUGAGCCAAUUCCCUCUGCCAACGAACGUACUCAAUUUCCCCUCCAGUUUGGAUUUGUGA